AGAGCAGCCCGCCGGGCGCGAUGCGCGCCCCGCCCGCCCAGGCCGUCCCCGGGCUGCCUCUAGCACUUGCGCGCCGCGGCCGGGCCGCGAGCUCUGAACGCGCCGCCGUACAGGAUUCUGCAUCAGAAGCAUGUAAAAUAGAUUGUUUGGUCUAAACUAGAAAACAGUGGCAAUGUUUUGCUGAGUUUCCAGACCUUUCCCAACAUGGAACCAAUAACCUUCACAGCAAGGAAACAUCCGUUUCCUAGCGAGGUCUCGGUGGAAUUUAGCCUCCAGCUGGUGGGCUUCUUACCCGUGCAUUCUCUGACCACCAUGCCCAUGCUGCCUUGGGUCGUGGCAGAGGUGCGAAGGCUCAGCGGGCAGUCCUCCACAAAGGAGUCUGGUACCAAGCAAGUCCACCUUUGCGUUUCGCCCUCCGGACUGAGAUGUGAGCCUGAGCCAGGAAAAAGCCAACAAUGGGAUCCACUGAUCUGUUCCAGCAUCUUCGAGUGUAAGCCUCAGCGAGUUCACAGACUGAUUCAUAACAGUCACGACCCAAGUUAUUUUGCUUGUCUGAUUAAAGACGAUGCAGCCAGUCAGCAGAGUAUCUGCUAUGUGUUCAAAGCCGAUGGUCAAACAAAAGUGCCUGAGAUCAUCAGCUCCAUCCGGCAGGCCGGGAAGAUCGCCCGCCAGGACGAGCUCCGCUGCCCUUCCGAGUUCGAUGACACUUUCGCCAAGAAGUUCGAGGUGCUGUUCUGCGGCCGCGUGGCGGUGGCGCACAGGAAGGCCCCGCCCGCCCUGAUCGAUGAGUGCAUCGAGGGCUUCAGCCACGUGAGCGGCGGCGGCUUCUCCUCGGAUCAGCUCCGGGCUGCGCCGCAGCCACCGGGGGACCGGGAGCGGGGCCCACGGCCGAUGCGCAAGUCCUUCUCCCAGCCCGGGCUGCGCUCCUUGGCCUUCAGGAAGGAGUUUCAGGACGCAGGCCUGCGGAGUAGUAGUUUUUUCAGCUCCUUUGAGGAGAACGACAUCGAGAACCACCUGAUUAGUGGACACAAUAUUGUGCAGCCAACGGAUAUUGAGGAAAAUCGAACUAUGCUCUUCACGAUUGGUCAGUCUGAAGUUUACCUCAUCAGUCCUGACACCAAAAAAAUAGCGUUGGAGAAAAAUUUUAAGGAGAUAUCCUUUUGCUCUCAGGGUAUUAGACAUGUGGACCACUUUGGGUUUAUCUGCCGAGAGUCUUCGGGAGGUGGAGGCUUUCAUUUCGUCUGUUACGUGUUUCAGUGCACAAAUGAAGCUCUGGUGGAUGAGAUCAUGAUGACCCUGAAGCAGGCCUUCACAGUGGCUGCGGUGCAGCAGACAGCGAAGGCGACAGCCCAGCUGUGUGAGGGCUGCCCCCUGCAGGGCCUGCACAAGCUCUGUGAGCGGAUUGAGGGAAUGAAUUCUUCCAAAACCAAACUAGAACUCCAGAAGCACCUGACAACAUUAACUAAUCAGGAGCAAGCAACUAUUUUUGAGGAGGUUCAGAAAUUGAGACCAAGAAAUGAGCAGCGAGAGAAUGAAUUGAUUGUUUCUUUCCUGAGAUGUUUAUAUGAAGAGAAACAAAAAGUUCACGUCCAUAUUGGGGAGAUAAAGCAGGCAUCACAGAUUGCAGCAGAGAAUAUUGGAAGUGAAUUACCAUCUAGUGCCACUCGAUUUAGGCUAGAUAUGCUGAAAAACAAAGCGAAGAGAUCUUUAACGGAGUCUUUAGAAAGUAUUUUGUCCCGGGGUAAUAAAGCCAGAGGCCUCCAGGAGCACUCCGCCAGUCUGGAUCUGGACAGCUCCGUGUCUAGCACAUUAAGUAACACCAGCAAAGAGCCGUCUGUGUGUGAAAAGGAGGCCUUUCCCAUCUCUGAGAGCUCCUUCAGACUCCUGGGCUCUUCGGAUGACCUGUCCAGUGACUCAGAGAGCCACGCCGCAGAAGAGCCAGCCCUGCUGUCACCCCAGCAGGGCUUCAGGAGGCGCGCCAACACUCUGAGUCACGUCCCCGUGGAAUGCCAGCAGCCUCUGCAGCAGGCACAGGGAUCUCCAGGGGUCUCGCAAAGGAAACUUGUGAGGUAUCACUCAGUGAGCACAGAGACGCCUCAUGAACGAAAUGGGAAUCGUCCCCCUGUCGGCGAGUCUGAAGGUGGCUCAGGUCAGUCCUCAGCUGCUCCUCCACCUCGUCUUACCCCCUCCGCCUCCUCGCCCAAUUUCUUUAAGUACCUCAAACAUAACCCAAGUGGAGAACAGAGUGGCAAUGCCGUGCCAAAGAGCAUCUCCUACCGUAAUGCCCUGCGGAAAAAACUUCAUUCUUCUUCCUCUGUGCCAAAUUUUCUAAAAUUUCUGGCUCCUGUAGAUGAAAAUAACACCUCUGACUUUAUGAACACAAAAAGGGACUUUGAGUCCAAAGCCAGCCAUCUUGGUGACGCCAGCGGGACCCCCGUAAAGACACGGAGACACUCGUGGAGGCAGCAGAUCUUCCUUCGAGUGGCCACCCCACAGAAAGCCUGCGAUUCUCCCGGCAGACACGAAGAUUAUUCAGAGCUGGGAGAGCUUCCCCCACGAUCUCCUCUAGAACCAGUUUGUGAAGAUGGACCCUUUGGCCCUGUCCCAGAGGAAAAGAAAAGGACAUCUCGUGAACUUCGAGAGCUGUGGCAAAAGGCCAUUCUACAACAGAUACUGCUCCUCAGGAUGGAGAAGGAAAACCAGAAGCUGCAAGGGCGAACCUUUCCAACACAUCCAUACUUCUCUGCUCAGCUAGGAGCGGGGCAGCUGUCACUUUACAACAUUUUGAAGGCCUACUCGCUUCUAGACCAGGAAGUAGGCUAUUGCCAAGGUCUCAGCUUUGUAGCAGGCAUUCUGCUGCUUCAUAUGGGCGAAGAAGAGGCAUUCAACAUGCUCAAGUUUCUGAUGUUUGACAUGGGUCUGCGGAAACAGUAUCGGCCAGACAUGAUUAUUUUACAGAUCCAGAUGUACCAGCUCUCGAGGCUGCUCCACGACUACCACCGAGACCUGUACAAUCACCUGGAGGAGCACGAGAUCGGCCCCAGCCUCUACGCCGCGCCCUGGUUCCUCACAGUGUUCGCCUCGCAGUUCCCCCUGGGGUUCGUAGCCAGAGUCUUUGAUAUGAUCUUUCUUCAGGGAUCAGAGGUCAUAUUUAAAGUGGCUUUAAGUCUGUUGGGAAGCCAUAAGCCCUUGAUUCUGCAACAUGAAAACCUAGAAACUAUAGUUGACUUUAUAAAAAGCAUGCUACCCAACCUGGGCUUGGUGCAGAUGGAAAAGACCAUCAGUCAGGUGUUUGUGAUGGACAUCUCUAAACAGUUACAAGCUUAUGAAGUUGAGUACCACGUGCUUCAGGAAGAACUUAUCGAUCCCUCUCCUCUCAGUGACAACCAAAGAAUGGACAGAUUAGAGAAAACCAACAGCAGCUUACGCAAACAGAACCUUGACCUCCUUGAACAACUGCAGGUGGCUAAUGGGAGGAUCCAGAGCCUGGAAGCCACCAUUGAGAAGCUCCUGACCAGUGAAAGCAAGCUGAAGCAAGCGACCCUGGCCUUGGAGCUGGAGAGGUCAGCCCUGCUGCAGACGGUGGAGCGGCUCCAGGGGCAGACGGCAGAGCUGGGCGGCCCAGAGCCUGACCCCGUACCACCCGAGCCUGCGGGCCACUGACGGCCGGAGCCCAGCCCCCGCCAGAGCGCAGCUCCAGAACCGGGUCACCACCGCCCUGACACUGUCCAGGCCUUAACUGAGAGAGAUGAAGAUGCCGGAGGGAGAACGGAGCGUGAAGCAUGCUUCUCAGGGAGGAGACUGGCUUGCCAGCGCGCGGAUUCUUCUGAACUAAGAUUCGCAGUGCAGGGGGCGAACGUCCUGGUGGUGUUGUCGUUGUUUAGGUUCUAAUACGUCCCCUCUCCGGUCCCGGUUACUGUACUCAGUAGAUUUAGAUGGCAUGGACUUGAAAUAAAGCACUUUUGUGUUUCUUUAUCGUUUCCUUCUUCAGUAUCACUGUGUCUGUAAAGGGCAUUCAUAAUACUGUGGGAUUUCAGAAGCCGGCGAGGCUGGAGGUGAUGAUUCCUCUGGCCAACAUGUGGCCCUUCGUUCUUCCAAGGAGGGUUUGUGUGACUUACACCUUCAGUGUCACCAGCAGGGGUGCGGUUGGCCCGUGACCAUUCUUGUUGUGGAAGCCCCGAUUACCACUGGGAAAAAUCGGAAGCGAUUUAUUUAAACUUGACAUCUUAUAUUUGAUCACUGUGCUUGGUAUUUAAUGAAGUUUGUCUUUUAAGAAGAAUAGUUUUCAUAUACUUUUUGCUUAGCCCUUAAGUAUUGAUCACAGUCAUUGUAGAUCAUGAUUUUAUGGGAAAAUCACCAAUUUUUAGACUCUGCCAGGUAUUGCUAGCGUGCGACCUGCAGUUGUAGAGUCUGAGAGGUUUACUUUGUUGUGGUGUUUCAUAUCCAUAUUUCAGAAUCGUGUAUUCAUUUUUGCUGUCGUGUGAUGUAAUGCAGCCGUGUGUCCCUUUGAGUCUCCACCCCUUGGGAAUCGGAUUCCUUGCGGAAGUCGCCCUGCAUGUCAGGACUUCCAGGGGUCCCAGACAUUCUGGGGCUUUCAAAGUCUUCAGACUUUCGGCCUGAAAUUGCAUCAACUGUACGGCAGCUGAGAGCAGUU